UUGAUAAUUCUAUCUACUUCAUCUUUGACGUUUACGGUUGGGCCCCAUCGUCCGUGCCGCAAGCCAUGGGAACACUGAAAAGGCCCUCCAGUUCCUCCGUGAGCCGGGCUGCCAGUGCCAGAAGCGGGAGCAAAGUCUCCUCCAAGAGUCCAAAGAAUGCCAUGAAGCCUGUCUCUUUCCUGAAGUUUGUGAAGGGUAAACCCGCCAUAGCCGAUAAAGCUGCUAUAGCCGCCAAAGCGAGGGGAUCUUCCCCAAAGGAGAAAAAGCAGACUCAGCGAAAAAAGCAAGCGAGACGGAGGACUCCAGAAGAGGAGGCCAUUUGGAUUUGCCAACAGCUCACUCACGGAAAGCUGAAACCCAAGAAUCUCCGAAGAACCACCGGCGACGCAGGCUACGUGUUGCUGAGGCAUGAGGCCAAAAAGUGGGUGACCUUGUCAAGUGUUCAAGAGCUGGCAUACGCUUUGAAGCCACCGGAGGAAGAGUGGUAUCGUUUCCUCUUCGCACAUGUGUGUAGCUUCAUGAUGGAUGGAAUCCUUCAAGUGAAUAGGAUGUACAGGAUCCUGUUUUCGGAUGAGAAGGACAUUUACUACUUCUCCUGCGGCGUGGAGCAUGGCCAUUUCAUUCGAGAUGGUGCCAAUCAGUUCUUCCAGUUCUUGAAAGCCUAUGAGGUGACAGAUUUCAAGGCUGCCAUUGAGGACAAAUCUUCUGACAUGAAGUUGUUGGAAAAUUUGCUGGUGAAAUUUGCCAAGCUGCCGGAGCAGACUCUCGCAGACAUGGAAAAAAGCAUGAGGCAUGCUUGGGAAGCCUGCGCAGUGCAAAGCGGAACCGCGGCUCUCUAUGGAGCGAUGAAGGCGCUGGGCGUCUCCGAGCCCACACACCACGUCUUGGUGCCGGCCUUCACCUGUGCCGCCUGUGCCGACGCCAUUGUGCAUGCGGGCGGCAGGCCCAUUCCGAUCGACUGUGACUUGGAGUCGUACGGCGUCUCCUUGGAAGCGGUCCAGACCGGACUGGCCGACAAGAACGUGGUGGGCAUCGUCAUCGCGCCCUGCUACGGCGUCCCCGCACGGGACUUCGCGGCCAUCCAGGCUCUUUGUAAAGAGCGCGGCCUUUGGCUUUGCGAGGAUGCCUGUGAGUCCUAUGGAGCCAGCUGCAACGUGCGCGGUUUCAAGGUCCCCGUCGGUUCUCUGGCGACUCUCUCUGUCGUCUCGGUGCGUUCGGAGAAGAUGAUCGGCGUGGGGGAGGGUGGCGCCAUUUUGGGCAACGACGCCACACUGGUGGCGCGCGCCAAGUGGUGGUGCUCGCGGGCACCCUGCCGUGGUGUGGGCUUGUGGCGGGUCUACGAGCACGACGCAGUGGGUCAGAACUUUCGGAUGCCGGAGAUGCUGGCAGCGGUUGGAUGUGCCGCCGCCGAGAUGCUGCCGGUGAUGAUCGAAAGGAAGAGGGCGAUCCACAGCUGGUACGAGAAAGGCAUGGCUGCGCGGCCUGAGCUAAAAGGCGUUCGGCUGCAACAAGCCGCACCAGGUGAUGAUAGCGUUUGGUGGAUCAAUGCGGCCUUGUUGCCCGAGGGCCUUUCCGGGGAGCAGGUUGGAAUGCAGCUAAUGAAGAGCUAUCCGGACAUUGAAAUCAGGCCUGGCUUUUUCCCGUUGGAUAUGAUGGCAAUUUUCCAAUCCUCCUGGUCGAAGCCAUGCGAGAACUCGCGCUUGCUCUAUCAGCGCCUUGUAUGUCUACCCUCCUCCAACCAGCUGCAGCAAGAGGACGUGGAGCGCGUGUGCACUGCGUUGGUGGACGCCAUUCAGGCCGUUAAAGCUGAGCCAAGUGAUCUAGGCAGCUGA